AUGAGUAAAAAGGGCCGGAGUCUGGAAAGAGUUGGAGCUGAUGGGAGAUCUGCGCUGUGGAGCAGCAUCGCCCCAGCGGAUGUAGCAAAAACUCCUCUUCUUCUGCGGGAAUGAAAGCGGAAAGCAGCGCUGGAGGGUAGAAAGUGCAGCUUGAGAAGAACUCUUGCGAGGGAGCAACCUAAAAUGCGGAUGAACUGACAUUUUCUCCUCCACUAGGGCUAAUUACUGAACUUAAACACCGAGCAAAGCGUCGCUCCCUUAGGAAAAAAAUGGCCGUCCGUGGCAACUCGGUGAUACCUUUUUCCAUCCAGGCCAUCCUGAACAAAAAGGACAACAGUAGACACCUACCAGAGCUGGACGUGUGCUUCUCCAAGGCGGCGUGCUGGAAAAUAUUCGGGGAGAUGAACGAGGGGUCCGGGAGGACCGACGAGGCGUCCUGUGAGCGGACCGAGCAGAAGGGCUACGACUCGGACUCCGGACUCAGCGACGACAACGACGGGAAGACUCCGGCCGUACGCAAGCCAGAGAGGGACGGAGAGCCAGGGUCGGAUGUACCGGAGGAGAGCCCGCAGGAGGAGACGGACCAUGAGUCUGCGGCUGCGGAAAACGCAAAGAGUGAUAGUGAGCAUAACCAUACCACGGACUCCAGCAACCCAGACGAGAAGAGCCUGGAGCAGCCCAAGCAGCGGAAGAAGCGCUCCAGAGCCGCCUUCUCCCAUGCACAGGUCUUCGAGCUGGAGCGCCGUUUCAACCACCAGCGGUACCUGUCCGGACCGGAGCGGGCGGACCUGGCGGCCUCCCUGAAGCUAACAGAGACUCAGGUCAAGAUCUGGUUCCAGAACCGUCGCUACAAGACGAAACGCCGGCAGAUGGCUGCAGAUUUGAUGGCAUCCACCCCGGCGGCCAAGAAGGUGGCGGUGAAGGUUCUAGUACGGGACGACCAGAGACAGUACGGCCCCGGGGAGAUCCUGCGACCCCCGCUGCUCUCCCUGCAGCCAUCCUACUAUUACCCCUACGCAUACUGCCUCCCUGCGUGGACACUGUCUGCGUGUGCGGGGAAUCAGUGAGAAACCCGAGACUUUUAUUUAUUAUGCAUUUGAUUGCUUCUCUUCCCGGGAACCAAAAACUUUAUGUUUUUUCUGACAAGAAGAAGGGGCCUGAGGGGACUGUUAAUCAGCUUUGCGUCCCUGAUUUUCAUCGAGGGGGUUCCUAAACUUUUUUUUUUUAUACUUUCAAAUACCUAAAAUAUUAUUUUCUGUCUAAUUCUGUGUCUGAUCCGCAGACGUCCUUUUACAAUAUCUGGAAUGAAAUGAAAAACAGAUUUGGCCCAUUUUAUCUCAAAGCUGGGACCCCCUCAAGGAGCCUAUAGACUUAAAAUGACACCUUAUAAGAUUUUACAUGCGCCUUCCUACCUCUGCAGUGAUUGGAAAUAGGUAUAUUCCGUUUACUCUUUUUUUUUUUAAACAAGCAACUCUCUGUAACAGAUUGUUUUUACAUUUUUUUUGCUGUGUUUGUAAAGGUAAGAUAUUUAAGCACUUUUGAGCAUAUAUGUCAAUGUUCUGCGUGUAAAAUACAUGCAGUGCGCAUUUUCGGAGUCAGACUGAAAAAGAGGCGGCUUGUUAAAAGUGGCACGAAGCGACUUCUGACUGAUAUGUGCAUUUAUUUUGUGUUGAGUGACUGUUUAGAUCGAAUACCAUUAAAACAUAUUAGGCAUUACCUAUUGCAUCUGGAUGCGGUUUUUGUUUUGCGUUUUUCUAUUGGUAGCAACAUUCGGUGCGUUUUUCACUUUUUACGCACACAUUAAUUUGCAACGCGGUCAGGUCGAUAAUACUAUUUACCUGCUCUUUAGAUUGCAUUGUCAAGUUUAACAGAUACACACCCGCGGUGACCUCAACAUUGGCCUAAUUUGGUUAAUUCAUUUCCAUGUUUUGAACUGAUUUUUUUCUGUUUUCAUCACUGGCAAAACAAAACAAAGACAUACAAAUAAAACCAUAUUGACAUAAAUAAAAAAAAAAGCAGUGAUUUA